AUGUUCAACGAUCAUGUUCCACCAACAUCGUCACAGUCAGAUUCUGGCCUUUUUGAACAUGAGAUGAAGAGACCUCCUCGACUAAGCCUCCGUGAACGACUACGGCACUUCACCUGGGCCUGGUAUACCUUGACGAUGAGCACCGGUGGACUGGCUCUUCUGAUUGCUAGUCAGCCGUAUACCUUCAAGGGAAUGAACGGCAUUGGGAUGGCCGUUUAUAUUAUCAAUCUUCUAUUAUUCGCUCUCGUGUGUUCUCUGAUGGCGCUCAGAUUCAUUCUGCAUGGCGGUUUCCUAGACAGCCUGCGCCACCCUCGCGAGGGUCUUUUCUUUCCUACCUUCUGGCUAUCCAUUGCAACGAUCAUCACCGGCUUGCAUCGUUACUUCGGCUCCGAGGAUCUAGGGUCGUAUCUCAUCGCACUCGAGGUCCUCUUCUGGGUCUACUGUAGUUGCACCCUUGCCACAGCCGUGAUCCAGUACUCGUUCCUCUUCGCUGCCCACUCCUACGGCCUCCAGACUAUGAUGCCAUCAUGGAUCUUACCAGCCUUCCCCAUCAUGCUCAGCGGAACCAUCGCCUCUGUCAUCGGCGAAGACCAGCCCGCGCGAUCCGCGAUCCCCGUCAUCACCGCCGGCGUUACAUUCCAGGGCCUAGGCUUCUCCAUCAGCUUCCUGAUGUACGCCCACUACAUCGGCCGACUCAUGCAGUCAGGGCUUCCCUGCCGCGAACACAGACCAGCCAUGUUCAUCUGCGUGGGGCCCCCGGCUUUCACCGCGUUGGCUCUAGUAGGGAUGGCCAAGGGCCUGCCCGAGGAAUUCAAGGUCAUCAACGAUGCACACGCCCUCGAGGACGCUCGGAUCCUCGAGCUGAUGGCAAUCAUGGCCGGCGUGUUCCUGUGGGCCCUGAGUCUCUGGUUCUUCCUCAUUGCCUUUAUUGCCGUCGUCCGGUCCCCGCCCACAGCGUUCCAUCUUAGCUGGUGGGCCCUGGUCUUCCCUAAUACCGGGUUCACCUUGGCCACUAUUACCCUGGGGAGGGCCUUGGGUAGCCCUGGCGUCUUGGGCGUUGGCUCGGCCAUGUCGAUCGGCAUUGUCUGCAUGUGGCUCUUCGUUUUCGUCUACCAUAUUCGUGCCGUCAUCAGACAGGACAUCAUGUACCCGGGCAAAGACGAGGACGUGGCAGAGUGA